AUGGACGAAGACGUGGGAAAAGUUGCACAAGCCACUCCCGUAUUGAUUUCUCUCGAAUUAUUCAUGCAGUCGCUAAUUGACCACGCAUGUAAAGAAACAAGAUCAAGAAAUGCAAAGAGGAUGUCGGUUUCACAUUUGAAAAAAACGAUAAUGACCACCGAACAAUUCGAUUUUUUAAAAGAUGUAGUAGCAAAUAUACCAGAUCCGGUUGAACCCACCGAAGGAGAUGGAGGGACAUCAUCAACUGCACCUCCACAACCUAAGAAACGGAAAGGUCGAAGAAAGAAUAACGACGAAGAAGAUUAUGAACCUCCCGUUGGUACAUCGA